AGAGAGGACACGUCCAUUUCUGCGUCUUGACCAAUCCAGCAUUUGCCUUUCUCCUCAGCUAGCCUAUCAUUUUCCCCGGAGCUAGUCUAUCUUUCUUCCCACGGCAUUGAAGUGUGGUGUCAGUAUCCAAUCCGCCGAACUUUGGAUCGCGCGUCACAUUUGACCGCGGGAAGGCCGAAGCUGUCAAAGAUCCAAGAUCUAGAGUGACCACGUGCACGGGAAGAAGUGACCACGUGGGUCCUUCUCUACAAGUCGACGCCCCGCCUCUACUAAGUCUGACUUCACAACGUCCAGAAACCGCCACGACCUGGACGGCAACCAUCGGCCGCAUUCGUAUCACUAUCACGCUCACACCAUGCCCGGCGACACGGCACCGCACGUCGUGGAGGAUCUCCUCGGCCUUGUGCAGCUCCUCAGCGACGGCUCCGUCGUCCGCGGCGACGAGGCCGUCCUCGCCCCAAAGGAGCCGUUCCCGGACGUCCCCGGAGUGCAGUGGAAGGACGUGGUGUACCACGCGGCGCGCGGCCUCCGCGUCCGCGUCUACAGGCCGGCGUCGGCGUCAUCGGCGGUUGCCGGAGGCGGCAAGCUGCCGGUGCUGGUGUACUUCCACGGCGGCGGCUACUGCCUCGGCUCCUUCGCGCAGCCAACCUUCCACGCGUUCUGCCUCCGCGCCACCGCCGAGCUCCCGGCCGUCGUGCUGUCCGUGCAGUACCGCCUCGCCCCAGAGCACCGCCUCCCGGCGGCCAUCGAUGACGGCGCGGCUUUCCUCUCCUGGCUGCGCGGCCAGGCCGAGCUCGGUGCCUGCGCCGACCCAUGGCUCGCGGAGUCGGCGGACUUCGCCCGGACCUUCCUCUCCGGCGUGUCUGCGGGCGCCAACCUGGCCCACCACCUCGCCGUCCAGGUCGCCUUGGCGCGGCUCGCGGUCAGCCCCGUGCGCAUCGUCGGGUACGUACUCCUCUCCGCCUUCUUCGGCGGCACCGAGCGCACGGCGUCGGAGGCCGACCUGACGACAGAUGUGUCCCUGCCUGUGGAGAUGUGCGAGCAGCUCUGGCACAUGUCGCUUCCGGUCGGGGCGACCAGGGACCACCCGGUGGCGAAUCCGUUCGGGCCGGAGAGCCCCAGCCUCGCACCGGUGGAGCUCCCGCCGGCUCUCGUCGUGGCGCCGUUGGGCGACGUGCUCCGUGACCGCGUGCUCGGGUACGCGGCGAGGCUCAAGGACAUGGGGAAAGACGUCGAGCUUGUCGAGUUCGAGGGACAGCAGCAUGGCUUCUCUGUCCUUCAGCCGUUCGGCGUGGCGGCCGACGAGUUGAUGCGAGUCCUCAGGCGGUUCGUGUACCAGGGCGACACGCCCGCUGGAUGCUGAUGUACGUCUUGGUGAAUGGUGAUCUCGUGAUAUUACUGUGUUUUUGAUGUUGUGAUAGCUACUGCUGUUUCAAUGUUCUGAACUUCUGAGAAGGGUCAUAGAGACAUAGACUGGGUGUUCAAUGUUGGAAUAUAUCUACUUCCUGUUAUCAUUUCUGAUGGGACUUUGUGCAA